AUGAAUAAUGACAAUCGACGUGUUCUUUUCGAAAUAACAAUUGAUCCACGUUUACCAAUAAAGCCAUUUGCGGAUAUCAAAGAACACAGUGCAUAUCCUACAGAAGACGAAAUACUGAUUACAUUUGGAGCACUCUAUCGUAUCGAUAAAGUAAUCGAACAUCCACAAGGAGGGUUUCAUGUGGUUCAACUAUCUUUAGCUAGUGAAAAUGAUUAUCGUUUGAAAGAAAUUUAUGAUUAUUUAAAACGAACAAUCAAUCAAGAAUAUACACUCGAUUCUCUCGGAAAAAUUCUUCAUGAAAUGGGCGAAUAUCAACAUGCACUGAAGUAUUAUGAUCGAAUGAUGCAUGAAACACAAAUCAUGCUUGCCAAUUGUCACAUGGGUAUCGGUCGGGCUAUGUAUGGUAUAACAAGUUAUGACAAUGCCUUGAAACAUUAUCAGGCGAGUUUGACUAUUCGAAAAAAUGAAUUCGGCGAAAGUCAUGCGGAAGUUGGAAUGAGCUACGGCCGUGUUGGAGCCGCACUUUGCCGGCAAGGUGAGAUGCAAAGAAGUUUGGAGAACCUUAAUCGAGCGACAAAAAUUCAAGAACAAACACUUCCACCGAAUAGUCUUGAACUCGCCGAAACCUACAAUACUCUAGGUUUGGCAUAUUUUUCGUUGAAUAAUCUUCAACAAGCGGUCAACUAUUUCCAGAAAACACUCGACAUUCGUGUGCAGGUUCUGCCUGAAGAUCAUCCAGCAAUCGGAUUCGCUUACAAUAAUUUGAGUCAAGCUCUCGAAAAUGAUCAACGCUACGAACUAGCACUGUCGUACGCAAAAAAGGCUUUGACAAUCAGUUUGAAAAUAUUACCCCAAAAUCAUCCCGAUGUCGAACGAAUCGAAGAUAAUAUAAGCCGAAUGAUACAGCUUAGAAAUGCACAAAACCCAACAUCGUCAUCAAACGAUGACUCAGAGCAUUUAUUGCUAGCUUCACUUGGGAUGAAUUGA